GUACUUAGUAAACAUCGACAUCGACAUCUAUUCCAUCACUAUUAAACUUCGUUUUGUUUAUGUUUUAACUUUCUGCGGUAAAAUAGCAACUAAAUAACUCCUCAAGAUGUCGUAUAUGCUCCCACAUUUGCACAAUGGCUGGCAGGUGGACCAGGCCAUUCUCUCCGAGGAGGACCGCGUGGUGGUUAUUCGCUUCGGGCACGAUUGGGACCCUGCCUGCAUGAAGAUGGACGAGGUGAUGUACAGCAUCGCCGAAAAGGUGAAGAAUUUUGCGGUCAUCUAUCUGGUGGACAUCACCGAGGUCCCGGACUUCAACAAGAUGUACGAGCUGUACGAUCCCUGCACGGUCAUGUUUUUCUUCCGAAACAAGCACAUCAUGAUAGAUCUGGGCACGGGAAACAACAACAAGAUCAACUGGCCACUGGAGGACAAGCAGGAGAUGAUCGAUAUCGUGGAGACGGUGUACCGCGGAGCCCGCAAGGGUCGUGGUCUGGUGGUCUCCCCCAAAGACUACUCCACCAAGUACAGAUACUAAGUCAGCCUAUGUUCAGAGAUGUGCUUAGCUUAAAAACAAGUAAUAAUAAUACAUGUACGAUCCCAAAUUCAAAA